UUAAACACAGAUGCACAUCAAGUCAACUUCAGUAAUCAUCCCUCCUUCCGCUCAUUAACUGUACUCGCCUGUCAUGUGUCGUCAACGGGUGAGUAAUUUACUUUAUUUUAUUUUUAUUUUACAACAAAAUAACUUCAACAUGUAUGACAGUUAUGAAUGCUAAAAAUUGAAUGAUAAUAAAUAAAUACAAAUUUCAAACGUUUCAGUAGCCGUCCUUCUUCCCCACUAAAUGCUAAACUUCAAUCAGGUGUCAUCAAAGGAUGAGUAUUUGCUUUAUUUUAGUUUUAUUUUACAUUGAUUAUUUGCUUUAUUUUAGUUUUAUUUUACCACAGCUUCAUUCUUUUUACGCUUGUAUGACUGUUGUGAUUGUUAAACACAGAUGCACAAUCUUGCACUGGUUAACUUCUUCUUAGUGUCAUCAAAGGAUGCACAUCAAGUCAACUUCAGUAAUCAUCCCUACUUCCACUCAUGAACCGUACUCAUUACGUGUCGUCAACUGAUGCACAUCAAGUCAACUUCAGUAAUCAUCCCUACUUCCGCUCAUGAACUGUACUCGCCUGUCAUGUGACGUCAACACUAACCACCGCAGUCCCAUCAAAUGAAAAGAUGACCAGCCUUUGUCAGCAGUUGAUGACAUCGGAUUCGCCGACUGGUCACUGGACCAGCCCACCUCAUUUAAACGCUACUACAUACAUCAGUAUCAUCAACGGGAGACAAAUGUGGGAUAGGCCCCGGCAUUCCCGCUGGAAUCCAUCACCUGCAGACACACGCAUGCUGUUGAUGCAACACCCGAGGGAGGGCGAGAGUGUCGUUGUGUGCGAGUCUCAACCUGGAGACUUCCACGCGCAUUGUCUGCCGCAGCUCGGCCAUUAAAGAAGACAGACAGACGCUGGUACCUCACACAACUCAACUGUGUACUGACUUCAGAAGCCAUGGCGCAGACAGCCGAGGCCGUUUCAGCGACUCUGUCCACCAACAGGAACUGCACCAUCGAGAUAACCAACGUGAGCGGCAGCUACUGUCUCAUCAACCCAAAGGUGUUCAUGACUAGCGGCUUCUGCCACCACCCGCCGCAGCCCACCGUCCGCAGCACCCGCACCGAGGUGUGCUCCUUCGACAAGGACGACCACACGGCCACCGGCGCCGUGGGUCUGCUGACCUACGACCUCUUCCACAUGCAGAGCCGCGUGUGCUCGCAACGCAUGUCCGUCAUGUUCUCGGUUCCUUACGACCACAACCUGUACAAGAACCGGCUGGCGGUGGGCAUCAUGGAGCAGUCGCACGCCUGCGACAAGAAUCUCUACGAGCGCAUGUACAACGGCAAGGACCUCACCGGCUUCAGCCGGGCCGACGCCACCGGCAGCGGGCUGGAGUACAGCGGCAAAUAUGUGGACGUGAGGGCCACCAUGUCCACCGUGGGCAAAGCUAUCGUUAAAGUGGAGCUUUACGAUCAAAUGAGUCAUUAAAAUCCACUUCUUUGGCUUUGUUGCUCUUUCACGGUAAAAUGCGUCACACGAUUAUUUUACAAUGUUCAGAUUUAAGGUUAAGAAUACUUUUAGUUCUAAAACACAUUUCUUUUUUUUUCGGUAACAUAGCAUAUUAGCAUAGCGCACCUUCAAGGGAAUAAAAAAACGUGCAACAACUUGACUUUUGGUUGUAAUUUUAGCUGUGUUGUCGUCUUUAGCACUUCUGAAGGGGGCUCACGCAUCAAAUAAAACAGAGAAAACACGGGAAAUAGUCGCAAAACAUGGGAAAUAGUUGUGAAACACGAGAAAUAGUAUAGCAAAACGUGUGAAAUAGUAUAGCAAAACGCGUAAAAUAGUAGCAAAACACUGGAAAUAGUAGCAAAACAUGUAAAAUGGUAGCAAAACACGUGAAAUAGUAGCAAAACACGGGAAAUAGCAGCAAAACAUGGGAAAUAGUAUAGCAAAACACGUGAAAUUGUAGCAAAACACGGGAAAUAGGAUAGCAAAACGUCUAAAAUAGUAGCAAAACACGGGAAAUAGUAGCAAAACACGGGAAAUAGUAUAGCAAAACGUGUAAAAUAGUAGCAAAACAUGGGAAAUAGUAUAGCAAAACACGUGAAAUUGUAGCAAAACACGGGAAAUAGGAUAGCAAAACGUCUAAAAUAGUAGCAAAACACGGGAAAUAGUAGUAUAGCAAAACGUGUAAAAUAGUAGCAAAACACGGGAAAUAGUAUAGCAAAACGUGUAAAAUAGUAGCAAAACAUGGGAAAUAGUAUAGCAAAACACGUGAAAUUGUAGCAAAACACGGGAAAUAGGAUAGCAAAACGUCUAAAAUAGUAGCAAAACACGGGAAAUAGUAGUAUAGCAAAACGUAUAAAAUAGUAGCAAAACACGGGAAAUAGUAUAGCAAAACGUGUAAAAUAGUAGCAAAACAUGGGAAAUAGUAUAGCAAAACGUGUGAAAUAGUAUAGCAAAAUAUGUGAAAUAAAAUAUCAAAACACGUAACAUAGUAGCAAAUCACAGGAAAUAGUAGCAAAACACAGGAAAUAGUGUAGCAAAACACGUUAAAUAGUAGCAAAAAACAUGAAAUGGUAGCAAAACACGGGAAAUAGUGC